CAAAUAUCAUCAUCCAGAAUCGCAACAAGAACGGUCAUGGUUAUUUGACGAUCCUCGGUAUUACUCGAGCUUUCAUUCAAAAGCCUUGUCCUGCCUUGUCUCGCCUUGCCUCGUUGCCAAAGCUGGCCUUGUCCUCGCGCAACUCCGCACCACCACCACCACCACCAUCAACUCACCCACCACAACCGCCCACCAUAGAUUUCUCACACCCACUUUCGCCCGCCAAAAUGGCCGCGGAUCCGAAUCUCAACAUUACACCGGCCUCCCUUCGAGGUAGUCCUUCUGAUCGCAUCAUCAAACCACGUCCUCGCAAGGAUUCUCUACAGUCCAUUUCGGGUUCAGAUGGUCAUCCUGGUCGGGUAGUCAAGCCUCGGGCGCGAAAAUCCCCCGGCUCUGGGGCUAAACGAUCCGAACCUGCUAAACGCAAAUUCAUUUGCUCUUUCUCUCACUAUGGUUGCGAUGUCGCUCUGAGUUCCAAAAACGAAUGGAAACGCCACGUCUCUAUUCAACAUUUGCAGUUGGGCUUUUAUCGCUGCGACGUGGGUUCCUGUAAUCCCGACUUAAACCCAAACGUGCCUGGUCACAAGAGAGCCUACAAUGACUUCAAUCGCAAAGACCUUUUCACUCAACACCAUCGACGCAUGCACAAACCAGAGGCUGGACCAGGUUCAGCGCCCGUCCCACCAUCAGCCGGCGGUGACCCCAAGGACUGGCGAGCAUUCGAGGACAGCCUCGAAGAAGUCCGAAGUCGCUGCUGGGUAGAGAAGCGGAAGCCUCCGCAACGCAGCACUUGCGGCUUCUGCGGCAGAGUCUUUGAAGGUGAAGGCAGCUGGAAUGAACGCAUGGAGCACGUGGGAGGUCACUUCUCUCGCGACAUCGUUGAAGCCAAGGAAGAACGCGAGGAUGAAGACCUUACCAACUGGGCUGUUGCUCAGGGCAUAAUCAAAGAUGCUGGCAAUGGCCAUCACAUUCUCAUCGAUCAGCCUCCCACAGCAAGCGAGCGUCCUUACCUGUCCAGAGAUCGGGAUGUCACCAUGACUGACGCUCCGAGCUCUGAUGGUUUCUCACGUGAUCCGGAACAGUCCCCUUCCUUGAGCGCUUCAUCCAGAAAACUGGAGUCGGACAGAGGGACUUAUACUUACCCCGAACUCGAAAGCCCUCGGGAGGAUCGCCGUAUGAGCAAUGCUUUGCCUCCUAGCACCAAUGGUACUCCACGAGCGCCCUCGGUGCCAUUGCUCGUCCCUGCUGGUUCUGAUCAAAUAAUCGGCGCCGCACCAGGCUCUCCGACCGCUCAGAUGCUCGCUCCUCUCUCACCAACGUCUGCUCAAGCCCAACUCCAACCACUCGGAUCCCCUGAACAACGUAGAGGGUACAACCUAGCACCGCCCCCUUUGAAAGCAGGAAAAUCGGGCUCGGUUCCCCCCGAGCAGGCAGAGUCUGGCAGUGGAGAUAGACUCGAGGAUCUCAUCAAUCAGCUGAUCAAGCCCAAGCCGCCGAAGACCCAUCGACGCUUGACUUGGAAAUGUGACUGUGCUUUGGAGAUGUCGGUCGACCUGGAUGACGCAGACAAACAAGCCGUUGAGAACCUCGAAGGUAUCAGCAUCAUCUGCAGUAAGACGACCAAUCCCUAUCUCAAGGUGGCGAAGACGGGCAAAUACCACGUCGUUGCCUGUGACGAGCUUGCCGACUAUAUCUGGAAAAACACAAAACAACCUGUUGAGAAGCAUGAACAGCCAACCGAGGUCGCUGCUGUCCCAGCGUGAUCAUGGACAUGCUAUGCCAGACAGAGCCGAGAGACAUACGAAGCUAUCUCGGCCAUCCGAAUGGACGACCAUGAGCUGUUCUGAAUCAUAGCUGAAAAACGAGACCGAGUCGACCACCACUAUUUCCCUUUUCCCACAAUCUCUUCUUGCUAUUAUCGAUUGACGCAAGUCAAAAAGCUAUGCAGGUGCUCGACUACAUGAUGGGCGCAAGUAGAAACUGCAGUAC